AUGCAAUCGCCGUCCAAAACGCCCCUUUCUCCGCCGUUUUUAAAAGAUGAACAAUUGGACCAGUCAACUCUGUUAGAAAAAGACAAUUACUAUGACCCCCAUUCGCGAAGUCAAUCCGUUCAAUAUCAAAUGGUCCAAAACUGUGGUCUUCCAAGGGAAUCGGACUCGAUGAUCACUCCGUAUAAUUCCUAUAAUAUGUAUCAACCACAAGAACCUAAACGUGAUGACUCACAGCUGUUUUCAUAUAUUGUCGACCCCAAAGCUCGAAUGCCCCCCUCUCAAAAUUGGUAUAUCAACCCAACUCCUCUUGACCAAAAGGUUAAACCCAAAGUUAGGUGCGUUGGCGAGGAUUUUUGGCAAAAGAGGAUGUCCGAGUCAGAGAAGAGAGACUUUAAGAAGAAGCCUUUCCCACCCGCUCGUAUUCGAAAACUCAUGAAAAUCGCAACAGACAAGAAACACGUCAAAACAGAGACCGUCGAAUUGCUCUCAAGAGCUUGUGAACUGUUCAUUAUGGAUUUGACUACACGUGCAAGUGUGGUCACUUCAGAGGCAAAGCGCAAAGUCAUUAAAAAGGAGGACAUCGUCGAGUCAAUAACCGGCGAUGAACAAUUCGACUUUUUGUUCGAUUUGCUCCCAAAAACAUAA